AUUCCAUGUAUGAAAUUAAUGGCUCUUGAACUUUGUCUACUCACCUUCCCACUCAUCCUCCCUUCCCCGAAAUUGCUUGGGAAAAAAAAAAAUCAAAUUGGCAGAUUUUUGGAUCAAGUGAUCUCUUUUCUUGGUCCCUUCCAAAUUUUAACUACGCAAGCUUGGAAUAAAUCUCAAUACAAUACAGCUAAGUUUCAAUUAACAUUCAAUUAAGCAAGAAACCAAUAUUCUCCACAAUGAACACUCCAACUGUUCAAACCAUCUCAGAGUGCUUUAUCAAACCACCAUAUUCAGUGGAAGAGGUAAAGCCUCCAAUCCACUUGGCCGCAUGGGACUUAGCCAUGCUCUCAGUGCAUUACAUCCAAAAGGGUCUUCUGUUCAUUAAGCCCCAAACAACAACAAAUGACCAAGAAAACCCAGUCGAAUCCCUCCUAAAUAGGCUCAAGGAUUCCCUCUCUCUCACCCUUGUUCACUUCUACCCGCUAGCCGGUCAACUCGCAACCCUAAAACAAGAAAACCCUCCUUCUUACUCUGUGUACAUCGAUUGCAACAAUAGUCCCGGAGCAAAAUUUAUCUAUGCAAGUGCGGAUUUAACCAUCGCCGACAUUCUUUCGCCUGUUGAUGUUCCUGUAGUUGUCCAAUCCUUCUUUGAUCACGACAGGGCGAUUAAUCACGAUGGGCAUUCGAUGUCGUUGCUGUCAAUUCAAGUCACGGAGUUAAAGGAUGGGAUAUUCAUCGGUUGUUCAGCCAACCACGCGGUUAUUGAUGGAACAUCUUAUUGGCAUUUCCUGGAAAUUUUGUCGCACACCUUCUGUGCAGAGGAAAAGAAUCCUGGAAUUCCUCGACCUCCAAUUCUUAAACGUUGGUUUCCUAACGGGCACGGUCCUAUGCACAGCCUCCCUUUCUCUCACCACGAUCAGUUUCUUAGUAGAUUUGAAGCGCCCCCGCUUAGAGAGAGAAUAUUUCACUUCUCGUCGGAAUCCAUAGCCAAACUGAAAGGAAAGGCCAAUUCUGAAAGCAAAUCAAGCAAGAUCUCCUCGUUCCAAUCGGUAUCCGCGCUGGUCUGGAGGUGCGUGAUCCGGGCCCGUUGUCUUCCGCGUGACCCGGAAACAACUUGCAUCAUCACUGCAAAUAACCGAAGCCGAAUGGACCCGCCAUUGCCGAACGAGUAUUUUGGGAAUUCGGUGCUCAGAUUGAUGGGAAAAGCCUCCGUCGGAGACCUGCUCGAUCACGGGUUAGGGUGGGCGGCGUCGCAGUUGCACGAGGCCGUGGAGGGCCACUCCGAUGCAGCGGUGCGGGAGUGGGUGGAGAAGUGGAUGGAGGAUCCAGUCAUCUACACACGUGAGCCAGGACUAUAUAACCCGUAUGGUUUAUUGAUGGGGAGCUUGCUGCGGUUUGGGAUAUAUGCGAAUGAAUUUGGGAUGGGAAAAGCGGUGGCGAUUCGGAGUGGGUAUGCGAAUAAGUUCGACGGGAAAGUGAUGCUGUACCCGGGGUAUGAAGGCGGCGGAAGCAUGGAUUUGGAGGUUAACCUCCCGCCGGAAACAAUGGCGGCGCUUGAAUCUGACGAGGAGUUCAUGGAUUGCCUUAACUCUAAGUGCUGAAGGACACAUUAUGAAGAGGAUAGCUACCAACACAACUUUAAAACCGUGCAUGAAAUUAUUCAAUGCACAUAAAUUCACAUGCAUCGAAUAGUUCGGACAUGAAGUUGUGCUUGUAAACUUUUUAUUAUCAACGUUUGUUCAUCUUUAUGGUAUAGGAGGACAAAUUUACCCCCAAUGGUCCUAUUAUGCUC